AAGUUCCUCGCACCUUCCGCGCAGUGCUACGGAAAGCACGCCAGCAAUAAUUGACUUUUCCGUACAGCAUGCAUCGCAGCGGUUCAAUUGGCACGAUGAGUCCUGGAUCAUUGGAUGGCCAGAACUCAGCUUUGUUCAAGCACGCAGAAUAAAAAGGGUUGCGUGUGGGUUAUCCAACGUCGAAGGCUGAGAAUCGGUGGCGAUCACAGGAGCGUGUGGAUUGCGUCGUUUGAGCACUCCUUAGAUCUGGGAUUCCAUAUUCCUCUUCUUUUGAGGCUUCGCUCCAUCAAUCUCGAGAUGAAAAGAAAAGAAUCUACUCAUUCAGAAGAUAUGAUAUACGGAGCAUCUUCCUCAUCGACCUCUCCACAUGUAGGUGAUUAUGAAGGCGGCGGAACCAAAAAGCCGAAAGGAAAUGACUACGAAGUGUUCUUGAACUUUAGAGGGAAAGACACUCGUAAAGGUAUCACCGAUUAUCUCUAUACUAGCCUUGUUGAUGCAGGAAUUCGAGUGUUCAGAGAUGACAAUGAGCUCCAUGUUGGUGAGGAAAUUGGUCCGGAGCUUCUCUGCAGUAUUACACAGUCUAAGAUCUCGAUCCCGAUUAUAUCUGAGGAUUACGCUUCUAGCAAAUGGUGCCUUUGCGAGCUUGUUCAGAUGUUGAAGUGUAGGAAAAGCAGAGGGCAAGUAGUGUUGCCCAUAUUUUACAAAGUGGAACCCUCACAGGUGCGACAUUUGACAGAAAAAUUUGAAGAUGCUAUCAAUGCACAUAAAGAGAAAGUGGAAGAAAUGGUUGUGAAGGAAUGGGAAGAAGCGCUCAAAGAAGUCGGUUCCUUGAAAGGAUUGGAAUCGGAGAAAAUUAAGAAUGGGCAUGAAGGAGAAUUAGUUAAAAUUGUUGUCAGAGAAGUCAUAGGCGAGUUAAAAAGACCUUUUCAACUAAUUGUUCCCAAAGAGUUGGUCGGAAUUGAUAAUCGUGUAGAAGAAAUUAUGAGCUUCAUAGAUGCUAAAUUUAAUGAUACAAGGAUUAUUGGAAUUUAUGGAAUGGGUGGUAUCGGUAAGACAACUCUUGCAAGGGUCUUGUACAACAAUCUCUCCAGUCGUUUCGAAGAUCAUAGUUUCGUGGCAAAUAUUCGAGAAACAUCUCUACGCAAGGGUAUUGAACGGCUACAAAAGCAGCUCAUUCGCGAUAUACUAAGAAGUCCAGAAAAUGUGUCUAAUGUCGAUGAGGGAAUCGGUAUCAUCAAAUCUCGAUUUACAAGUAAGAAAGUCCUAGUUCUUCUUGAUGAUGUGGAUGAUAAGGCUCACUUGAAUGCUUUGGCCGGAGAAAGUAGUUGGUUUAAAUCUGGAAGUAUAGUCAUCAUAACCACUAGAAACAAGAGUAUUCUUGACGAGGCUAGGGCAGCCUACAUGUGCAAACUCGAGAAGUUGCCUUUGGAUCCAUCAUUGAUUUUAUUUAGUAGACAUGCAUUUCGAAAGGAUUCUCCUCAUGGUGAUUAUGAGGUUAUCGCUCGUGAUAUCGUGUCUACUACUGGGGGGCUUCCCUUAGCUCUUGAAGUUAUAGGUUCUUUCUUGCGUGAAAAGAAAAAUAAAACAUGGAAAGAUACAUUAAAGAAAUUAAAGAAAGUGCCUAACCAGAAAGUGCAAGAUACAUUGAUGAUAAGUUACGAAUCAUUAGAUUAUGAGACGAAACAGAUAUUUUUGGAUAUAGCAUGUUUUUUCAUUGGAUCAUCUAAACAAAGUGCAACUUAUAUGUGGGAUGCUUGUGAAUUAUUCCCGGAGAAUGGAAUUGAAGUAUUGAGCCUUAUGUCGCUAAUUAAAAUUGAUGAAGACGGCAAUCUAAUGAUGCAUGAUCAACUGAGAGAUCUUGGAAGGGAAAUUGUUCGUCUAGAUGAUCCAAAGGAGCCUCAAAAGCGUAGCAGAUUAUGGAUUUGUGAGGAAGCCUCGGACGUGCUUGACAACAACAAGGGCACUAGUAAGAUUGAGGCCCUUCGUCUUCACAAUUUUGAUCGGCAGGCCCUUUGUCGUCACAAUUUUGGUUGGCUUGGUGAGAUUGAGGCCCUUAAUCGUGCUGUUUCGGACAGAAAAAGUUACCGAGGUGAACAAUUUAAUGAACUCACCAACUUGAGAUUCCUUCAAGUGUACGGUGUGAAUUUCACCGGAGAUUUCCAAAAUUUGCUUCCUCAAUUAAGAUGGCUUCAGUGGUGGAAUUGUCCCUCAGAUUUCGAAGUGGCCAACUUUCAUCCGAAAAAUUUAGUCGUGCUCGAUCUAUCAAAUAGUGACAUUACAGAGGACUGGGGAGGAUGGGAUCCACUCAAGAUGGCAACCGAGCUGAAAGUUCUCAACCUCUCGUAUUGUAAACAUUUGAGAAGAACUCCCGACUUGUCUGCUUUCAAAAGCUUGGAGAUUUUGAUUCUUGGAAACUGUUGGAGUCUGGAAGAAAUUCAUCCUUCUAUCUGGCAUAUCAAGACUCUCGCCUCCUUGAAUGUCGAGAAUUGUGGGGAACUGAAGGAGCUACCAGCAAGAGUAGGGAGAAUGGAAGAAUCGAGGGAGCUUCUCAUGAAUGACACCGCUAUAAAAGAGAAUCCUAUUUCAAGAGGUUUUUUGAUGAAGCCAAAGACUCUAGGUGCUCUAAGUUGUGAUAAAUUUGCUCAACUUCCAGAAUCCAUGGGCUCCCUUAUGUCGUUAACUCAGCUAAACUUACGUGGGAUAGGGAUUGAAGAAUUACCUGAAUCCAUUGGUUCUAUGGAGCUGCUGGAGACUCUUAAUGCCUUUGGCUGUGAAUCAUUAGCUUGCAUACCUAGCUCCAUAGGCAAUCUAGCAUCUCUGUUUCGCCUUGACCUAUCGGCAUGUCGAUCGUUGAGAAAGAUCCCCGACUCGAUUGGAAAGUUGGCAUCGUUGACCGAGCUGCGAUUAGCGCUGACAUGGAUUACAAAAUUACCUGAAAGCAUUGGGAAUCUGCAAAAUUUGAGGAUCUUGAACAUUGAUGAAACUCUCGUGACGGAAUUGCCUAGUGCCAUUGGAAUGCUGUCGAAACUUCAAGUGUUGAGUGCAUCAUGGUGCACAUGUCUGAAAGGAUUGCCUAAUAAUAUAGGCGAAUUGGUUUCGCUAAACAAUCUUCGUUUAUACAAAUCGGGCAUUUUGGGCUUGCCAGAAAGCAUUUCUAAGCUCUCUUCUCUCCAACAUCUCGGUGUUGCAUUUUGCGAAAACCUUCGAGGAAUACCGGAACCGCCCUCCAGCUUAACAGCUCUGCACAUCACUUUCCCAAGUCCAUCGUUACCAUUUCUUUCCAAACUAACCCUUCUCGAGGAGCUCACUCUUUUCGAUUGCCGUCCACUUGAAUGUCUCCCCGAGCUUCCCGUCCGACUAUCCAGGGUUUCUCUUCCAUUUGAUACCGACGAGGAGCGCUUAUACGAAUUGAUCCGCGACAAGUCCUUUGGGCUAAGAAAAGUCGCCAGACGCUGGGGGUUAGGGUAUUUCAUACACUACGACAUUGAAUAGGCAUAUUCCCAGAUUGUCCAGAGGUAACGAGCCCAAAUUCUCCGGAGGUGACGAGCCCAGGUGUAUAUCUGACUGAGCUUGAAGAUCAGCUCCCAUGGCUCUCCGCACGCUGCUGGCCGGAAAAAACCCUAGCCUCCGCCUCCGGCCUCGGCUCCAAUUGGCGGCGUCGCCACGAGCUUCCGCGGCCUCCAGACCUUCUUCCCCCCUUUCCCCGAUCUCCCCUGCGACUACGGCGCUCUCCAGCCCGCAAUCAGCGGCGAGAUCAUGCAGCUGCACCGCCAGAAGAAGCACCACCACCGCCAGGCCUCCAACACGGCGCUCGAGCAGCUCCACGACGCCAUGGGCGAGGGCGACGCUGCGGCUGUCGUUAAUAAGUUGCAGAGCGCCUAUCAAGUUCAAUGGCGGAGGGAGGAGGUGGUGAGCCACCAAAAGGUUCCCUCAGUUGGGCCAUUGACAAUCAUUUUGGCUCUUUAGAUGCACUUGUGCAGAAAAUCAAUGCAGAAGGUGCUGCUUUACAACAUCAAAACAAAUGCUGCGAGUUGCAAGAAUCUAGUUGAGAUUCAGGGGACCUUUCGAGUUCGAAACAUCUAAGGCUAUCAAGCGUUGCAAACUGCAAGAGUCUGGAAGCUUCUGGAGGCAAAGUACAAAAACACAUAGGCAAAGGAGAGCGAUCAUGCUGCUGGACUUGUGGUGCUCUGGAUCCCCAAAAUUCGACGGGUUCUUUCAAGCUAAUCAUCAGGAUGCCUGCAGAGGUUCCCUUAACAUCGCAAGCAUCUCUGGUAGACAAUCUUCUGGGGGAUCAUUUGGUUUUGGAGCAAGUUGAUGAUGAGGAAGCUGAGAUGGUUUUCAUUGGAAGGAUUUUGUUGGAGAAGUGCUUGAGUCAAGCUGCGUAGCUAGAGUUUGAAGGAAAGCCUGGGCUGGUACGGUUGAGAUUACCAUAACCCCUCAAAAUGAGAAGAUGUAUUUGCUCAGGUUUCAUGAUUGGCACCAAGCAGAGUCCUAAGUUCUGGCCUUUUGGUCGAUUAGAGGAAAACGCAUAAACCUGCAGAGAUGGGAUGCUCAGAGGAGACCAGAGGACCUCUGUUUUUCAUGAACUGGAGGUGCGGCUGCAAAUACAUGGAUUGGUCUUCGGCUAAAUGACAGAGAACAAUGCGAAAGCAAUUGCUUGUUUGGCGGGCCAAGUGGUGAAAGUUGAGUCAAUUCACACCAAAUCUCGGGGUCAUUGUGGAUUCCUUCGUGUUGCAUUGGAUGUUUAAAAACCCCUCGUACCUGGAAAGCAGAGUAUUAGGGAUAAUGGCGGCAUUGGGCAUACAUUCGAUAUGAGCGAACGCCAGGCUUUUGUUGCUCGUGUUGUCAUUGGCCAUACCGGGAAGCUAUGUGAUAGUGAAGUUCUUAUGUCUGAAGCUGUUGCUGGACAACCUAGAUAUGGCCCUUGUAAUCUCAUGAGGUUUCAGUUCACUACACUAAGAAGAAGCUUUAAAUUUCAUGACAAGCCAUGGCCUUCACUCACAGCAGUUCAUAUCUGUGAAUUGUACCAUCAUACCUCCCUUUUCUUUAAUAGGAAAAAUAGGAAUAGCAGUUAUCCAGUUCAAGAAUUGG